AUCGGAAGCGGAAAGUCGUCCCUGCUGUCUGCUAUCUGCAGUGAGAUGCCGCUGGUUUCAGGCACAGGGUGCACAUAUGGUCGGAUCGGGUACGUCAGUCAGAAGCCAUGGAUCAUGAAUGCGACGUUCCGUGAAAAUGUGCUGUUUGGCCAGGCGUUUGACGAGAAAUUCUACUGGCGCGUUGUCGAGGCGUGUGCACUAGCCCAGGAUGUCAAGCUGUUCCCGGCGCAAGAUUUUUCAGAGAUCGGACCGCGUGGUAUCAACCUGUCUGGCGGACAGAAGGUGCGGCUAGCAUUGGCCCGUGCUAUUUACUCCCGCGCAGACAUCUAUGUUUUGGAUGACCUACUGGCGGCGGUUGAUGCACAUGUCGAGCGGCAUCUAAUCGAAAAUGUGCUUGUUGGCAAUGGAGUGAUCAGUGACAAGACGCGUAUCCUGGUCACACACGCC